CUCCAAUCAAUUGUUUUCAAGAAGGCUAUCUUCCUAGAUACGUUCGGCAUUUAUAUGAUAUUCAAUCAUGGACUUCAUCAUAGUUGGAGCGGGCUGUGCUGGCCUCGUUAUGGCAAUUCAACUGAGGAGGAGACUUCCAAAUUCGAAGUUCAUGGUGCUAGAACGUGCCUCUUCCCUCGGAGGAACUUGGUACCACAAUUCUUAUCCAAGAUGUGCAGUAGAUAUGCCAUGUGUGACGUACAGCAUGUCGUUCGACCCCUCACAGACAUACCGCCAGUGGUUCCCUUCGCAGGGUGAGAUAUUACAAUAUAUUCACCGUCUUGCUUCGAAGGACAACAUCAACCAGCACCUACAAUUUAAUGUGGAGGUUGUCGAUGCCAAGUGGAGUGACAAAACGAAAAUUCGGACCGUAAUAUACAGGGACACGAGAACGUUAGAGCUAUGUGAGCAACAGACUAAGCUCUUGAUUUCCGCCAUAGGCCAAUUGGUGGAACCAAGCUAUGGGGACAUACAGGGCCUGGGUCAUUUUGAAGGUGAUGUCUUGCAUUGCAACCGGUGGGAUGAUCAUGUCAAGCUCAAGGGCAAGAAUGUCGUGGUUGUCGGUAACGGCGCGUCUGCUGCACAGGUUGUUCCAUCGAUCGUGCAACGAGUGCGAAGCUUGACUCAGUUGAUUAGAACGCCACAAGGCUAUUCGGAGCGAAAGAACCCCACCCUCUCACGAUUCACUGUAUGGAUGCUCAAGAAUAUGCCAUUCUUCCUGCGUGCGUGGAGGCAUUGGAACUUCCUCAAGCUCGAAAGCCGAUUCACGCAGUUCCGAAAUACCCCGCAAGGCGAAGACAUUCGACGGAAGAACAUGCAGCGAUGUCAAGAGCAUACCAAAGCAACCGCGCCGAAACAAUAUUGGGAUCUUCUCAUUCCAGACUAUCAAGCGAGCUGCAAGCGUGUCAUUGGGGACUUCGGUUAUAUGGCCUCUCUCAAUGCUCCCAAUUUGACAUUGAUGCGCGAUCCUGUCGUGCAGUGUGUACAAGCGGGCGUAGUCACCCAGUCUGGCAAACACUACGCGGCUGAUGUGAUUAGAUGGAAGGAUGACAUCACCUACCAUUACCAAACGACCGCUAUUUCUGGUUUUCCGAAUUUCUUCAUGCUGUACGGACCAAACUCUGCUCCACCAAACAUGUCGGCAAUCUAUUGCUUUGAAAAUUAUGUCGACCUCAUUCUCAAGCUGGUGGCACCGGUACUGGAUGGGCGGGUAGCCUCUGUGGAGGCAGAUUCUCAAGCAGAGGCAGAUUUUGUCGAAAGACUGCGCACUACCCUUGACGAAGGUGUCUGGUCAAGCUGCAAACAGCGAUCUUCGGAUCCAAAACGGAACGUGUAUAUGUAUCCGUGCAGUAACACAACGAUGUUCCGAAACACUCAUUCGCAAGAAGAGAAGGCGUGGAUUUAUCACAAGUAGGCAGAUGACCGCUCUUCAUUAGAAUGAUUCAUGA